AUGUUCAUGUCCAAGUCCAACUCGGUGUCGCCCUCGCCGUCCCUGGAACAGGCUGAUUCGGACGCGCUGGACAUCAGCACCAAAGUGCAGCUCUAUGGUGUGCUGUGGAAGCGGCCCUUUGGGCGGCCUUCUGCCAAGUGGUCCCGGCGGUUUUUCAUCAUCAAAGAGAGCUUCCUUCUUUACUACUCUGAAAGUGAAAAAAAGAGCUUUGAAACCAAUAAAUACUUCAAUAUACAUCCUAAGGGCGUCGUCCCUCUGGGGGGCUGCCUGGUGGAGGCCAGAGAGGAGCCCAGCAUGCCCUACGCCAUGAAAAUCACCCACCAGGACUUUCAUGGAAACAUCUUGCUGGCGGCGGAGUCCGAGUUUGAGCAGACCCAGUGGCUGGAGAUGCUGCAGGAGUCCGGAAAGGUGACUUGGAAGAAUGCCCAGCUGGGAGAAGCCAUGAUCAAAAGCCUGGAGGCCCAGGGGCUGCAGUUGGCCAAGGAGAAGCAGGAGUAUUUAGACAAACUGAUGGAAGAGACCGAAGAACUCUGCCUGCAGAGGGAGCAGAGAGAGGAGCUCGAGCGCCUGAACCAGGUGCUGGAGGCUGAGAAGCAGCAGUUCGAGGAGGUGGUGCAGGAGCUGAGAAUGGAGCAGGAGCAGAUCCGGAGGGAGCUAGAACUGACCGCAAGAUGCCUUAAGGGUGUGGAGCAAGAGAAAAAGGAGCUGAGGCACCUCACAGAGUCCUUGCAGCAGACGCUGGAGGAACUCUCCAUAGAGAAGAAGAAAACCCUGGAAAUGCUGGAGGAGAAUGAGAACCAACCGCAGACACUGGCCAAUCAGAGUGAGCAGCCCCUUCCCGAUGGGAGUCUCCAUAGCAACCUAAGGCAGAUCGAGGAGAAGAUGCAGCAGCUCUUGGAGGAGAAGCUCCUGGCAGAGAAGCGGAUGAAGGAGAACGAGGAGCGCUCGCGGGCCCUGGAGGAGGAGCGCGAGUUCUAUUCCAGCCAGUCCCGGGCGCUGCAGGACUCGCUGCAGGAGCUGACGGCGCAGAAGCAGCAAGCCGAGCAGGAGCUCAAGGCUGAGGUGAAGGUCCGCAUGGACCUGGAGAGGCGUCUGCGGGAGGCCGAGGCGGCUUUGAGGAGCCUGGAGCAAGGGCUCAACUCCAAGGUGCGGAACAAGGAGAAGGAGGAGAGGAUGCGGGCUGACGUGAGCCACCUGAAAAGGUUCUUCGAGGAGUGCAUCCGGAACGCCGAGCUGGAGGCCAAGAUGCCGGUCAUCAUGAAGAACUCCGUGUACAUCCACAAGGCGGCCACUCGCCGCAUCAAGAGCUGCCGUUUCCACCGGCGCCGGUCCAGCACCUGGAACGACAUGAAGCCGUCCCAGUCCUUCAUGACCUCCCAGCUGGAAGCCAACAACAUAGAGGAGCUGAAGGAGGUGGCCAAGAGGCUGAGCCGAGACCAGCGCUUCCGGGAAUCCAUCUACCACAUCAUGGUGACUCAGCCAGGACCACCCUCAGCGCUUCCCCGGGGUGAAAAGUGA